AGAAAAAUCUAAAAAUGAAGAUGAUGUCUGCAAAAGACAUGGUUAAAGUAAUGAUCGUCAUGUUUGCAAUUUGUAUUUUUGCAAAGUCAGAUGGGAAACCCAUUAAAAGAUCUGUGAGUGAAAUACAGCUUAUGCAUAACCUGGGUAAACAUCUGAAUGCCAUGGAAAGGAUGGAGUGGCUAAGGAAGAAGCUGCAGGAUGUACACAAUUUUGUUGCCCGCGGAGCUUCUGUAGUACCCAAGGAUGAUGUUUCCCCGAGGCCCCGAAGAAAGGAAGACAAUGUCCUGGUUGAGAGCCAUCAAAAAAGCCUUGCAGAAGCAGACAAAGGUGAUGUGGACGUAUUAAUUAAGGCUAAAUCCCAGUGAAAACACAUCUAUCAGAGCACUGCUGCAGACAGCCUUGGACAACCAUAUUACAUGCUGCUAACGUUUCCACCCUCUAUUAUGAUCACCAAGUACCAAUAUUUCUAAUAUUACCAAACUUUACAUGUAACCCAUUGCUAGCCAUGAUAGCUAUAAUUUAAUUGAUUAUUUUGAUUUUAUUUUUAUUCUAGACUCUUUUAAUUAUUCUGUUUCUGUGUCA